AUUUUUUUAAUUUGAGUUAUUCUUGCUUCCGUGGGAUAGGCUGUAUUUGAUAAUAACAUAUUCUUUUUUCUUUGAUGUACUGUUGGAUUCUGUUAAGUGAUAUUUAGGAUUUUGCAAGUGAAAUGAGCCUAUACUUUUCUUACUUGGUUCAUCCCUAAGUUGGAAUUGAUUUUUAUUAUCUUUAUAAAAGGAGCUGGUCAGCUUUCAUGCUUUUUCUUUUUUGUAGAACAGCUGAUAUCAGAUUGGUCAUAGGAUCACAACUUCUGAGGUCCCAGCAAGAAUCCUAACAUGUAGCAGCUCUGCCACCAGGACAGGCCCCCUAAAACUAAUCCCAACAAGCACCUCUGAAGGUUAAGGCUACCUUUCCAGAUAGUCCAACAGCUAACCCAACAGUUUCCAAGGGCAUUUGCAUCACCUGUGAAAACAUCGGAUCCUUAUACACCAGAUGUUCUUGACAGCUCAUCCCAUCAUUCCCUCUCUGCACAAAAGUUGCUAUACCAGUGGACAACCAAGACAGCUACUGAGCUUCUUUUCAUUAUCAAGUAGAUAUUAUAUCACUGCCAGCAAAACAGCACAAAAGUAUAUCUUCACGGUACCACUACCAACUGGGACUAUGCUAAAUAAAUCAGCUUGCCUAGAUGAGGACCCCUUCUCUUCUUAGAUAGCCAGGAUUUGAAGGAGAUAAUCUGACCUGUGCCACUGGUAAGUGACUAAUACUUUUACACACUGAACUGGUCCUGGAAACUGAGAUGUCUUCUUUGUAAGUGAAGAAUAUUCAACAUAAUCUUGAAGAACUGCACAGUGGUGUGGGCCACAAGCAUACUUUAUGUGUGUAAUUGACUGAAAGACAAAGUAACCUUGGUGAAAGGAUUUUUCAUCUCAUUUCUAUUUGCCAGUGUUAGUCAGUGUUCUGCUGGCUUAGAUUAUUACCUUUUUCUGGUUCCUUACUCUGUUUUAUUCCAAUGGGUCCUAGAAAUCCCUCUCCUGACCACUUGUCAGAAUCAGAAAGUGAGGAAGAAGAAAACAUGAGCUACCUAAAUGAGAGUUCUGGGGAAGAGUGGGAUUCCUCUGAAGAAGAGGACUCCACGGUACCCAACUUAUCGCCUCUUGAGAGUCUUGCCUGGCAGGUGAAGUGCCUUUUAAAAUAUUCUACAACUUGGAAACCUUUAAAUCCUAAUUCCUGGUUGUAUCAUGCUAAACUCUUGGAUCCAAGCACGCCAGUCCAUAUACUUCGAGAGAUAGGUCUAAGACUCUCCCAUUGUUCCCAUUGUGUCCCCAAACUGGAACCAAUUCCUGAAUGGCCCCCUCUGGCCUCUUGUGGAGUCCCACCUUUUCAGAAGCCCCUUACAAGUCCCAGCCGGCUCUCUAGAGAUCAUGCCACUCUAAAUGGAGCACUGCAAUUUGCCACCAAACAGCUAAGCCGAACAUUGAGUAGAGCCACUCCCAUACCUGAAUACCUAAAACAGAUCCCUAAUUCAUGUGUUUCUGGGUGUUGCUGUGGCUGGCUAACUAAAACAGUUAAGGAAACAACUCGUACUGAACCCAUCAACACUACUUAUUCUUACACUGACUUCCAAAAGGCAGUUAACAAACUCCUAACUGCAUCACUAUAAAGAUCUACCGUUUGCUCUGAUAUCUCUGAUGUUGCUAAUUGAGAAAGUGGUACAAAGUCAUUACACAGCCCACCAAUGCCUUCUCAAUCAAACUAUUUUGUGCCCUGGUAAGCCAAUGAGGAUACCCUUUGACAAAUCCUAUGGAUAAAAUGAUAAUAUCAAGGCCGGACUUGGUGGUUCACACCUGGAAUCCCAGCACUUUGGGAGGCCGAGGCAGGCGGAUCACCUGAGGUCAAAAGUUCAAGACCAGCCUGGCCAACAUGGCGGAACCCAUCUCUACUAGAAGUAGAAAAAUUAGCCGACUACGGCAGUGCAUUCCUGUAAUCCCAGCUAUUCAGGAGACUGACACAGGAGAAUUGAUUGAACCCAGGAAGCGGAGGUUGCAGUGAAUGGAGAUUGCGCCACUGCAGUCCAGCCUGGGCAACAGCGAGACUCAGUCUCAAAAAAGAAAUGACAAUAUCAGUGGAGAAUUAGUUAAGGAAACCAUGUUACAAAAAAUAGUUGAAUAUUCUUCACUCAGUUCUCACCCUCCCCACCCCAAUUUACUCUGCGUUUCUGAAUGGCUUUAAUGAGAUAUCUAGUUAUUAAUGGAGAAAAGUAGACCACCACCCCUUUUGUUAUCUAUACUUCAGAACAGCCAUCACUGAAAGCAAGAAGUUGAUUAUCCACAAUAAUACCUUUCUGAGCAUACUCUUCUCUGACAUGGAGGUAGUUGAACUAAAUUGAGUACACAAAGGAAAAUGUCAGGAAUAUGACUUUUUCCAGCUUUUAUAUAGAUGUGCCUACAUGUGACACUCGUUAGGGUUCCUUUUAUUUUUAUAGAGGCGGGGCAGGAAGGACUGCAGUUUGAAGACUAUCAUAUACUACUACAAACUUCGGUACUUAAAGUUGCAGCAUGAACAUUCUAUAUCAGAGUCUCCCACCAGACUGUCUCUGGCUGACUCAGCCUAUAAGAUCAUCUCUUGGGAUUAAACAAACACAUGUUCUUUAGGGAAUGUGUUCCCUGAAUCUUGGCACUCAGACUUUUGUCAAGAGUAAAUACAUUUUGAAAGAUGAAUGGAAAAUUAUUAAGAGCAUUUAUGCUUUCAGUGUUAACUGCUAAUGGAUUAAAAUUUUAAUCUGUGUAACAUUUCCUGGAGCAAAAGUUCAAGUACUUUCCACAUCCAUUGCAAACUUUGGGAACCCUUCAAUUUUAAAGAACCUUCUUAUUAGAAAAUCUCAGCCUAAUACAAUCUGAAGUUGAGUUUUAGCAUUGUUUUUCUAAGUAGAUUUAGUUACAGAUUUUCUUCUGGCCAAACAGGAGUAUGUGCCCUUGUAAAUAAGUCUUGUUUAUUUAAAUGAGUCAAAACCUAGAAAUCAAUAUAUGUAAAAUGCAUGAGACUAUUUAAUCUUUUCAUAUACUCUUAGAAGUGAAAUCUGUGCAUGGUCCUGGUUGACUGGGCAUCUAAAGGGAAUCAGAAAAGAGAUUGUAAAAAAUAUAUAUAUCCUCUUCCUUAUUUUAGUUUUCCUUUUUCCUGGUCAGGAGUUCGUGACCAGCCUGGCCAACAUGGUGAAACCCCAUCUCUAUUAAAAAUAUAAAAAUUAACCAGGCGUGUGGCACACACCCUGUAAUUCCAGCUACUCAGGAAGCUGAGGCAGGAGAAUUGCUUGAACCCAGAAGGUGGAGGUUGCAAUGGGCCAAGAUCGCACCACUGCACUCCAGCCUGGGUGACAAAGUGAGAUACUGUCUCAAAAAAAAAAAAAGCAGUUAGGAAUCACAAAUUGUGUAAAUACAUAGCAACUUUAAGAAGAGAGAAGAAUGCUUAUAACCUAAUGAAUGUUUAUGCUGAGCCUUAGCUGUCUGGUCUAAAGGAAAACAGAGGGAAUUGUAGAAUAAAAGUAUUUGCCUAAAACCAUAUCAUAUUGUUAGUGUAAUUGGAUGUAUCAGAAACUGUUCAUAUAUAGAUACUCUGUUAGAAACUGGUUUCUAAAAUGUUACAAGAAACUCUUCCUUUUUUUUGUUUAAGGGGAGGUGGGAUGAGAUAGGGAAGAGGUCUGCAUAUUAAAAUAUGUUGAUGUUUAUGUAUCCAUAAUGUGUUCCAUUUUCUCUCUGUGUGUGUAUAAAAGUGCCUUGCUCAUAAAUGCAUUUUUGCUAUUCACUUCAAAAGGAAGCCUUUCCCCAGCUUGGCAGCUGAAUAAACCAACAGCUUUGUACAUGCUAAA